UCCCUCUAGUGAACGCAGACAAGGCGUCUACUGUAUUUUUUAUGCCAAAGAAUCUCGAACAGUGUGACAAACAAGCUCCAUCAAAAUUUGAUGCAUGGAUGUGUGUGUCACUAACAAGACAUCAUGCCAUCAUUUUGAUGUCACCUCAUGGCUCGCUGGCGACGCUCCGAUAUUGAAAGUCCUCCCCAGCAGCCUCGUUGCGUUGGAAAUAUCCGCCUGACCUGUUGUAGUCUCCGUUUCACGAUGCUGUUGAGUUGUUUCACCACCUCUACGUCCUUUUCGCUCACUCUCGCAGUGCUGACGCUGCUUUUCCUUUGUCCUUUGACCCGUUCGCACGCCCUCUGGACUUACAACGUCACCUGGCCAGAUGGCAACGUGACGUCAUUUGCCUUUCCCAGAGCUUCCCACGGGGACUGCCUCUACGACAAGGAAACCGAUGUGCUGACAUGCACGCGUAACCAUGGCUACCAGAGUGUCAUCAACACCUGGACCUAUGACCCGGAACUGAUUUUGUACGUUUCGGUAAGGUGCUUGGCGCCGAUCCCACGGCUGCAGCUUUCUUCCCCAACCUGCUUGUGUAAGCAAAGGAAAAACAGCCCCCCACUUCCAAGCAAGGUCAAAGGGGGAAGUCAAAAGGGGAACGAAAGUUCCAGCAAAGAGGGGUUCGAUUUCUGUCAGCUGCAGCAGCUGUCUGACGGCCUGCUGGAGGACCUAGAGGAACUGCAAGUGCUGGAUCUGUCGCACAACCUGCUGCAGCGCCUGCGCUCAGAAGCCUUUCGCCACCUGCCGGAGCUUAGAGUGCUCUCCCUUAAAGACAAUCCGCAUCUGCACGCUCUUCCGGAGGCGCUAACGUGCGAGCUGAAGUCACUGGAGGUACUAGACGUCAGCCACCUGCCGCUACAGAUCUUCCCCGCCGGAGCAUUCCACUGCGGAGUGAACUCAUCUCACGUCCCAUCCCUGCGCUGGCUCGACGCAAGCAACUCGCGCAUUAACGCUAUGCCGGACCACAGCCUUUGGAACCUCGGGAGUUUGCAGUUCCUAAACCUGUCCGACAACUUCCUCCAGCAUCUUCCUCCCCAUCCUCUGCUGGGAGCAAUCUCUCUUACCGCCCUCGACAUAUCUCGAAACUUUCUGUCCAGCCUGCCUUCGGAUUUUUGCGAGGUCGACUCAAAACUCCGGACUCUCCUGAUGAGAGAAAACCGGUUCGAAAGCCUGCGACUUGAAUCGCUGGAAGACUGCGGUUCUUUAGUGGAGCUGGACGUCAGCAAGAAUGUAAUUUCAGUUCUAUAUGGCCCUCCCGCCCGUCUGCCUCUCUUGCUUCGACUCCGGCUGUCGCACAACCGCUUGCAGACGCUUACGACGCCAUUAGUGACAGACAACAACAGUUUAAACAAGCUGGACCUGAGUGGUAACCAGCUGAAGAACAUCGGCAAUGCCGUCAUGGACAACCUUUCAACUUUGGAGACUUUGUCUCUGGACGGCAACGCGCUGAACGAGCUGAGCGUCAACUUAAGCUGUGUGUUCAAGCAGCUUGCCAAUCUGAAGGUCCUGAACCUCAGCAACAACCUUUUCCAGGCCAUUUCCGAGGCGGACUUUUCAGGACUGACAUCGCUCCAGAUCCUAGAUCUUUCAGGCAAUCACAUUUCACAAGUAGCUUUCGGCCUCGGCAGCUCCUUGUGGCAGCUGCGGGUCUUAAACCUGUCUGGCAACCUUCUGACAUCUGUGUUUCCAGCCGCUUUUGCGCCGCUGGAGAAUCUACGAGAGCUAUACAUCUCCAGCAACCUUUUGCACCACGUACACCACUUUCAGCUGCCCGCUUCACUCCUGACCUUCGACCUCAGCCACAACUUCCUGCACGUCGCUCCCGUCGUUGAUCAGGGCGUUCCCAAAUUGAAGGACCUGCACCUUGCAUGGAACGCCAUAUCCAGCCUCGAGGACAAUGCACUCGGGGACCUACGAAGUCUAGAGAGUUUGGAUCUCUCGCACAACAAUCUGACCAGCAUCAGCCCUUCCUCCUUUCAGAAUCUUCUACGUCUGCGCGCACUGAGCCUAACCCACAACAAGCUUGCCCUCAACGACUCGAGCGUUGGCCAGGUGUUUUCAGUGCUCAGGCAGCUGCAGCAACUCAACCUCAGUAACAACCAUAUGACUGAUAUCAGGCCCCUCUUUCAGCUCAGCACACUUCUAGCCCUGCUGGAACUCGACUUGUCCUUUAAUCCGAUUGGCCAGAUCGCAUACCGGCUGAACCCUUUGAACAUCACCCGACAUCUACAGCACUUGCUUCUCAGGGGUUGUGGACUGCAGGAGGUGUCAGCGGAAGCCUUCAGCGGUCUCAUCUACCUGCGGACUGUCAGCCUCCAGGAAAAUCUCCUCUCUCACUUCCCGCUCUUUCACGCACAUCCUGGCGUGACCUUCCAUCUCCAUGGAAACCCCGUAGCGUGCUCCUGUCACAUGAGCUGGCUGACGCUUACCACGGUGGAGAAGUGGGGUCAGACCAUCUCGACCAGUGAUUACGAUGUCAGGGCGUGCCGGGUCGCCCCUCGCAACUUCUUGCGGCCUGUACGCGACUUGCAGUCCAGAGACUUCCUGUGCGUCGCGAAAUCGUGUCCUGGAAACUGCACGUGUUACAGUCAGAACGAGACUGGCAACACCCCGGAUGUUGUCUUCUGCCAAGCAUCCUCAUCCACGCUAAAAGAUCUUCCAAGCAGCGCUCGCGUGGUCUCCUUUGAAGGAAGCAUUCUCCAGAAAGUUGACGCCAUCGGCGGCAGAAACCAAAGCGAGAUGAACAUUCAAGAGCUGUACCUCAAUGGCAGCGGCGUUUCCGAGCUCUCAAACAAUGUCUUCGUCUCGCUGUCACGCCUCCUGACUCUUGACCUCGGCAACAAUCGCCUCACAGAGCUACCUCCAAGCUUGCUGGCUCCCUUGCACAACCUCACGUCGCUGUCACUAAGCCACAACCAGCUGACCUCACUGCCCGACGGACUACUGAGCGAGUCGCUGCAGCUGCGUGUCAUCGACCUCUCUCACAACCUCCUCACGACACUUACGACCGGAGUCACGCGCAGCCUGCGGGGUAUGGCGGACCUGCGGGUCGUGCGGCUUGGAAACAACAGCUGGCGCUGUGAGUGCGACAACGCGGAGCUCUACCACUGGCUGAAGGAGAACGCUUGGCUCGUGCCCGACCGCCCUGACGUUCUCUGCGCCGAAGAUUCUGGAAGUGACGUGGCAGGUCGCCCGGUUUUGAGCUUAACGACAACGUUUUCCUUUGUGGUGAAAGACAACGCAGGUGAUAAGGCUAACGUCCCUAUCGCCGCCAUUGCGGGUGUGUUGCUGACCGCAGCGUGCUUGGCGGGUCUGUGUGUAUGCGUCUACCGCUACCGCCAAGUGAUGGCGGCCGUGCUAUACACGCGCCUGGGCGUGGUGUGGGUCAAGGCUCACCGUCACGAAACGCCUUUAGGCUGCGUACACGAUGUGGUCGUCGUCUUCGAUCACUCGGACCGGAAGUGCCGCUGGUGGGUGGAGCGCGUGCUGGUCCCGCGCCUCACCAACCCUUCCCGACCCCUGCGCGUGCACGUGCCGGCAAUAAGCGAAGGAGGGUGGGGCCGGCACUCGUCUGCCCACAACUCUGCAAGUGAGGGCGCCGUCUGGUUGGUGCUUGUGUCUAAGGCUUUCGGAGCGCACCACCACGCCGUGGCUUCCUUCCGGCAGGCUUUACGUGAGACCCAGGGUCGACCCUCCGGCCUGGUGUUGGUCACGUGGGGAGAGCUGACCAAGCAGACACUGGAGUGCGGGGUCAGGGAGCUGGUGGGUACUCGCCAGCACUUGCCUGUCACCGCCCCCUUGUUCUGGGACCGCCUCCUGUACCUACUUCCGAUCCCGUCCGCCCUAGCGUCUCGCCGCCGCUCUCUCAUCGCGGCCUUCCGCUUCCGCUCGCUGAGUGACGUCACAUGUGACGAAAGUGCAAACACGAGGACUAGUGAGUCUGAAUCACAGGAAGACGACUUGGAUCGCUUAAGGUUAUGACGGACAAACCAUUGUAGUGACCUCGUCAGUCUCUGCAUUUGGCAUUUGUUCCUAACCACUGUAAUUUU